AUGAACAAUGUACCGCAUCCGUUCGGCUUGGCACUCUUUGAUCAGUACUUGUACUGGACUGACUGGACCCGCCUCGGUGUGGUUAAGAUCGAGAAGACCAACAAGGAAAAUAAUGUGUUCCCAAUGGGCAUCUCUGCUUACCAUCCAAUGGCACAACCUGGACCAUCUCACAGCGACUGCCUUGCUCAGAAGAUCGAUAACCCGUGUGCGACAGCCGACUGUGAAGGCAUGUGCAUUCUGUCGAAGGAUGCCGGAGGCUUCGGAGUUGGAUACACAUGCGCGUGUCCAAUUGGACAGAAACUGGUCGAAGGAAAGAAAUGCAUCGAUUCGAUCGAUUAUCUUCUAUUUUCAAGCAACAAGAUCGUUCGGGGAAUUUUCCCUGAUCAGGUUUCCAACUCGCUAUCCGAGGCGAUUCUGCCUAUAUCGCCUAUUUCCCAGCGACGUAUCGGGAUGUAUUUCGAAGUAGAGUGUGACGUCCACGGGAACAGUUUCUUCUAUGCUGAUAUCAUGGAUAACACCGUCUACCAGGUGAAAUUAGAGGCUGAAACCCCAGGAUACCGCACAAGAAGGGAACUUCACGGUCCCUUCGGAUAUUCCCGGUUGAGAAUGCAAAACAAGAUACGCCCUGAUGGUGAAGGGUCAGCUCCAGUGCUGGUGACGCACAAUGACGGUCUUGUUUCGAUGUCAUUCGACUGGAUCAGCAAACAACUCUAUUAUAUCGACAAUAUCAGAAAUAGCUUAGAGGUUGUAAAGAUUGCCGACACCGGUCUCGUGCAUCCAGAUCAGCUCAUGCAUCGCCAACUGCUCAAGAACCUCCGUGAUCCCGUCUCUGUGGCUAUUCACCCGUGGAAGGGACUUCUCUUCUAUGCUGAAGCCCAGAGGCCUGCACGAAUAUACAGGUACUGCUCCAUGGGAGCUUAUUUAAGUACCCAUAGCUAA